AUGGGGGCAGAGGAGUCCAUGGGUGAGUUUCCUGGGUCAGGAGGAGACACGGACCAACAUCAGUAUCAGGGGCCUGGAAAGGAAGAGGAAGGCUGGAAGGCAGGGGGCGCUAGAGGGGAACCUGGGACAAGAAGCGGGGUGCAGACAUUCGUCCAUCCCCCCAGCAGUAACCGGCGGGUGCCCACGGACCAUCGCCGGCACUCCGUGUUGCCCUUCCAAUGGAGAGUCACACACAGCUCCCGGUGGAUAGAGCAAGUGUUGGCUUCAGAGCUCAGCCUGAUCGCCUUCAUCCUAAUGCUGGUCAUGGUCUUCUCCAAGAAAUGGCUAUACCUCUCUGGGAGCCGCUUCUAUCAGCGCUGGCCCAAGAAUGUCAGCAACAGCAUCUACACAUCAGCCCACAUCAUGUCCAUGGGGCUCCUGUACAUCUGCUACUCCAGCAGCUGCUCAGACAAUGGGAAAGGCGGUUUUAAGCUGUGGACAAAUCACCCGGCCUUUGGGGUGGCCAAGAUAUGCUUCAUCCUGGCCCUGGGGCUGGGCUUCGUCCUCACAACCUGGUUACACCUGCCGUACCUACCCGGUCUUCAGAGGAUACCCUCCUUUGGCUUCAUUGGGACCAUACUGAGCUCCUGUGAAGUCAUCUUCGUUUUCUUCACCCUCAUGUUGUUUCCUAUUAACCUCUGGAUCUUCGAGGUGGAGAGCAAUGUAUCAAUACCCAUCGGCCAGAGCUACAUCAUUGGCUGGUUGGUGUUUAUCCUGUAUGUCACCUUGUCGACCCUUUGCUACGUCAACCAUAAAAGUUUCUGGAGUGUGAUUCUGGGUCGUCCCUCUGGCACCAUGUCCUGCAGCCCUACAUCCAGCUCAGAAUCAGACUCUUUAAGUGAGCAGACUGUCUUAGACACUGCUACCAAAGGAGAAAGUCCUGGAUCCUGA